CAGAACGCGCCGGGAGCGCAGAGGACUCUUUAAUCUGCGGAGGGGAGACAGAAGGAGACCAGGAACCAGGACAUGUCCGCUGCUCCGCAAAACUUUCCAAACACAGAGUCGCGUUUUGGAUCUUUGUGAGACGGAAGUGACGCCUUCAGCCUCCUCCAGCAUCCCCCCACAGAGGACUGAUUGUGCAGCCGCAGCAGCUUCCAGGGACCCGGCGCGUCAUGUCGUGCGGUGACGCCGCGGAGCAGAGCCGCAGGUUCAGCCUGCUGCACUGGGAUCAGGUCCGGCGGCUGGACUCCAUCCUGGGGGAGAGCGUCCCCAUCCACGGCCGCGGGAACUUCCCCACGCUGUCCGUGCAGCCCCGGCACAUCAUCCAGGUGGUCAGGGCUCGACUGGAGGAGAAGGGUGUGGUUGUACGUGAUGUAAAGCUAAAUGGCUCUGCAGCCAGCCAUGUGCUUCACCAAGACAAUGGCCUUGGCUACAAAGACCUGGACCUGAUAUUUGGCUUAAGUCUUUCUGACGAUAAAAUCUUUCGUCUGGUAAAGGACGUGGUGCUGGAUUGCCUGGUGGACUUCCUUCCUGAAGGGGUGUGCAGGGAGAGAAUUACUGCCCUUGCACUGAAGGAGGCCUAUGUGCAGAAACUGGUAAAGGUUUGCAAUGACACAGACCGCUGGAGCCUCAUCUCACUGUCCAACAACACUGGCAAGAAUGUGGAGCUAAAGUUCGUCGACUCGCUGAGGAGGCAGUUCGAGUUUAGCGUAGACUCUUUCCAGAUCUCGCUGGACUCAUUGCUGCUGUUUGACCGUUGCUCAGAGACGGCCAUGUCUGAGACCUUCCACCCUAGCGUGCAGGGCGAGAGCAUGUAUGGAGAUUUUGAAGAAGCUCUAGAACAUCUCAGAUCCAGAACUAUUGCCACCCGAAACCCUGAAGAGAUCCGGGGUGGCGGUUUGCUUAAGUACUGCCACCUGCUGGUCCGCGGCUUCCGUCCGUCCUCCAAGAGUCACAUGAAACAGAUGCAACGCUACAUGUGCUCACGCUUCUUCAUUGACUUCCCUGACAUAUCUGAACAGCAGAGGAAACUGGAGGCAUAUCUGCAAAACCACUUUGUUGGAAUUGAACACAAGCGCUAUGAGUACCUGCUGACUCUGAGGCAAGUGGUGGAUGAAAGCACUGUGUGUCUUAUGGGCCACGAGCGCCGGCAGACGCUGGCUCUAAUAUCCGCCCUUGCACUGCGUGUUUUGGCUGAACACAAUGCCAUCCCUGCUUUGUCCAACAUCACCUGCUACUACCAGCCCGCCCCAUACGUCAGAGACGUCAACUUCAGCAACUACUAUGUGGCACAAGUUCAGUCCAUCUCUGCGCGUAGUAAUUCCUAUCAAACAUGGCUGCCUUGCAGCUGAGUUUCAUUAUUACGGAUAUCUGAAAAUCUUUAUGUCUUACCUUUAAAUUGUUAUGAGGUGAACCAUUUUUUCCCAAUUCGUCCACAGCAGUCAUCAUUGCUGCAUUCUGGCUCCAUCAAGGCUGCAAUGGACAUUCAUCUGGAACUCUUGGAAGUACGGGUUGCACAGCUCACAACGGGAUCAAUGAAUAUAAAAUAUUACGGUCUAUCGCAAAUUUGCUUAAUCAUAAGUCAGGCCUAAGAAUGACAGGUUAUGGGAUUUUUUUCUUUACACAUUAUACAAGACACCUCCGAUAUUGCUAACUUAUUUUGUAAAAAAAUCAUCCAACAAAUUUUUGUGAAAAAAUAAAAACUCAAAAAACUGCAUUCAGAUAUAAACGCAAGCGUUGACAGUGCAGGAUUUUUAUUCAUUUAAAAAGUUGGAUAUGAACAUUUUCACAUCUUAGUUUAAGUGAAUUACCAACCUUCCACAAUUUAGAAAAUCAGGGCAGAUCAAUUGGCCAGCCGAUCACAAGACAUAUCUCAGGACAAAUUUAGAAGAUCAAGGACGUAUGUAGAUAGCAGCUGGCAGAAACUGGAAUUGCCCCCUAUUUCUCCAUGCUCAACAAAGCUGCAUAAAACUCUGAUCACUCUGAAAUGUUCACAGGCAGCAGACUCUAGCCCCAUGAGAGGCUAUGAUGGAAAUUUUUGCUGGUUGUGAAACAGUCUUUUCAACAAACUGGUUUUGUAACUGGUUCCAGCUGAGUUGCCUAUUGAUGCAUAUUCAACACAUACCUCAUAUAUUAUUAUUAACUGUAUAGUUUACUGUCUCUCAGCAGUGAAAAGUGUGAACAGUAUUAAAUUGCAAAGGUCCAGAAUGAAGUGCAUAGAACGUUCUGAUAAUCCUCAAAGUCCUGUUUACCUUCAGCAGCAUUAAUAGAAUAACCCACAUACCUGGAAUAUUUUAGUUCAUCUUCUUGUGGAUUUUUUGGGUUAAAUGUAAGUUUCUUUGUUAUGAUGGUGCCAACGCUUAAAAGUUCUGCUGAACCUCCAAAUCCCACAUCCUUCUGAACCGCUCCGCCCCACUGCGCUCAAGACCGCCUGCGUAAAGCAAAGCCUACAGGCUCGGCGGUUCCUUCUGUCUUGCUCCGCUCCGACUUCCUUGGAGCUCGAGGAGAGCAUGCACGAUGUUAUCAUUAUUAAAUUCAUGGGAGCAAAACAUGUGGAAAACAACGCUUUAAUUUAAUUUAACGCUUUAAUUUAAUAUGACAUAUAAAAAAGAAAUCCCCAUUAGCAUCCAGCAUAUGUGCAGUUUCUGCCUACAUAUUUUCUUUUAGUUGUGGAUUUUUAUUACAGGGAUAGCUAGGAUGAUCCAUGGUUUGUAUGAACAAUGUUUGUUCUUUAUUUCCAAACUCAGCGUCUCUUCAUCCAUGCCUGCGAUAAGAAGUUUCUUUUGAAGGUGUCAGAUGCCCUCUUGGAAGUUGUUGUAACCGGAUUUGACUAAACUUUUAAGCCUCUUGGUAUAAGAUAAAAUUCAGUGUAUUUCUAUAGCACCAAUUCACAACACACGUCAUCUCAAGGCACUUUAUAGUUCACCAGAUCAUCCAGUGAAAAUGAU